GCGCGGUGCUCGACCGCUUCGGAGCCGCUUCAUCCGACUUCAGUGGAGCCGCUCGGCCUCGCUCGUCUUCGCUUCCGUGUCGGAGAGUAUUUAAUACGGUUUCGUGCCGCUCAGCUGUUGUUUAGUUGUCGCCGCUGCAGGCUCGUUGUUUCUGGUCCGAGGUGUUGAUUCCAGACCCCAUGUGUGGCUCUGUGGUGGCUCUGCUGUCAUGUUGUGCGAGUUCAGCCGUUGCUAAUAUGAUUUUUCCCCCGUCACGCGAGUUGCAGAUAUGAACGUGGUGGCCUCCGCCGGGAGUCUCGCCACAGGGCUGCACGGACUGUCCAGUGGAAAUCCCAUCUAUGACAAAUUCUAUCGACAGGUUGAUCCGACUGGCAGUGGGCGUGUGACGGCGGCAGACGCAGCUCUGUUCCUGAAGAGGUCGGGCUUGGCUGACCUGGUCCUGGGGAAGAUCUGGGAUUUGUCAGACUCUGAACGUAAAGGUGCUCUCAGCAAACAGCAAUUCUUCAUAGCAUUGCGGUUGGUAGCCUGUGCUCAAAAUGGCCUGGAGGUGGCACUCAAGAGCCUUAAUGUGGCUGUUCCUCCCCCCAAAUUUCAUGACACUAGCAGCCCGCUGUUAGCGGGAGGAGGGACUGUCGACUUACCCUGGGUUGUCAAGCCUGAGGAGAAGAUCAAGUUUGAUUCCAUCUUUGACAGUCUAGGUCCAGUAGGAGGGAUGCUAACAGGAGACAAGGUUAAGCCUGUCCUGCUCAACUCCAAACUCACAGUUGACAUCCUCGGCAGGGUGUGGGAGCUAAGUGACCUCGACAGAGAUGGCAUGUUGGACAAGGAUGAAUUUUCUGUGGCCAUGUAUUUGGUGUACAGAGCAUUGGAGGGGGAACCCGUUCCCAUGUCCCUACCACCUCCCCUGGUUCCACCCUCUAAAAGGAAAAAACCCUCUGUGCCUCCCGUGAUGCCACUGUUACCCUCGCCCCCCUCCGUCAAAGAUAGUCGCUCCUCCCACACUGGCUCUAAGACCAUGCCUCACCCUCCUAAACCCGCCCCAGCUCCUGUCCCAGCACCAACGCCAGCACCAGCUGCUGUUUCUUGGGCGGUGUCAGCAGCAGACAAAACCAAAUCUGACGAGCUCUUCAAUAAGACAGACGGUGACAUGGACGGGCUGGUGUCUGGACCUGAGGUCAGAGACAUCUUCCUGAAGACUGGGCUGCCCUCUGCCACGCUUGCACGUAUCUGGGAGCUCUGUGACAUUGGAGACAUCGGGAAACUGACCCGAGAGCAGUUUGCCCUGGCGCUCCAUCUAAUCACUCAGAAGCUGACGAAAGGCCUGGACCCUCCACAGAGCCUCACCCCAGAGAUGAUCCCCCCAUCAGACAGGCAAAACAUCAAACAGAACAACAUGGUAAACCUGGCUGCUGACUUCUCAGCCAUCAAGGAGCUGGACUCUCUCAGCAACGAGAUCGUUGAACUACAACGGGAGAAGAGCUCUGUGGAAGAGGAGAUCAAGGAGAAGGAGGAGGCCAUCAGACUGCGCAGCAGCGAAGUUCAGGACCUACAAGAUGAGGUGGCGAGGGAGAGUGAGGAGCUGCAGCGGCUCCAGACUCAGCGUCAGAGGGUCCAGGAGAUGUUGGAGGAGCUGGACCAACAGAAGUGCUCCCUGGAGGAGCAGCUGACUCACAUUCGCCAACAGACCACCCAGGAGACACAACUGAUCUCAUCGCUGCAGUCGGAGCAUGAGGAGCAGGAACAGAGGAUCUGUGAGUAUGAGGAGGAGCUUGUCCAGGCCCGAGAGGAGCUCCUCGCUCUCCAGGAGGAGAGCAGGAGGCUGCAGGAGAAAGUCCAGGCGGCUCAGGAGCAGCUCACACCUCUGCAAGAUUCUGUGCGAGACUCUUUCUUACAAGUUGCACAGGUUCAACAGAAACUGAACGACCUUCAAGUGGAGGAGAGGUCAGUGACUGCCCAGCUCAGCUGGAAGAGAGCCCUGGAGGACAGCUCUCCUGUGAUGGUCAACGGAUCAGCGGGCAACACAGCAGUGCAGCACCAGGGCGACCUCUUCCAGGAGGACCAGCCGAAAGAGCUGAAGGAGGAUGAAGCAGCUGCUGUCUGCAGCCUUCAGAAAGAACAUUCGGACCAAAAAGAGAAAGGAGUGAAUGAGAAUGAAGAGGAGGAGGAGGACGAGAAGGAGGACGAGAGUCCAAAUACUCAAGAGGAGGAAAAGCCGAAACCUAAUGCCUUGGAUGAUCUCUAUAGUAGUCUAGUCUCCACUGAUAUGUACAAUAGUCUGUCAACCUUGGCCAAACCACGGGAGAACACUGUCAGGGAACACACUAGCCACAACGUUUCCUCAGAAGUUGCCCAUGAUGCCGAAAAAUCAUCUAACGAGAGCCCACUAAAGGUGGAAUCAGCAGACCACGAGAACAAACAGGAGCAGGAGCCAGCAGAGUCCCAAGAACCCACGACCUCUGCGUUACCAGGCGGCCCAAUGCCGCCGCAGACCAGCCCCCCCUCCCUGCCUGAGAUGGACUUCUUCCAUUCGGACCCCUUCACAGACCACGAUCCAUUCAAAGAAGAUCCAUUUGCAAAAGCAGAUGUUGCAGAUCCAUUUGGAGGAGAUCCAUUUAAAGGGACGGAUCCCUUUGCCGCAGACACUUUCUUCACACAGACCUCCAGCGCCCCCUUUUCCUCAGAGGACCCUUUCUCUGCCUCAGCUGACCCGUUCGGUACCACCACUGGCAUGCCAGAACCAGACCUGUUCGCUGCCAAGCUGAACAAUGCAGCGUCUGCACCAGCAGCAGGCCUCGACCCCUUCAUCUCCAAACCUACCAAUCCAGCUUCAGCAGCCAAGGAUCCAUUCAUCACCACACGAAACAACAUGGCAGAGUCUGACCAAUUCACAGGCCAAGUCAGCGCUGCAGCAGAGGCGGAUCCUUUCGGUUCUCAGGACGGAGGGACGGAUCCGUUCAGCUGCUCGCCGGUCAACUCUGAUCUGGCGGUGGACACUGCAGCGGCCAAUGAUCCUUUUGCUCCGGGCGGUACAGCAGUGAGCUCCAGCUCAGAUCCAGAUCCAUUCGCUGCCAUGUUUGGUAGCGAGUCAUUUGGAGGGGGCUUCGCAGAUUUCAGUGCCUUGUCUAAGUCGAACGGCGCUGACCAAUUUGGCAUCAAUAAUAAGAACCUGUUCCAGGAAGACAGUCCGUCUACCUGCCCUGACGUGCCCCCUGCUCUGCCCCCGAAAACGGGUACGCCAACUAGACCUCCACCUCCACCUCCAGGUAAGAAAUCCUCCAUCUCCAGAACCGAGUCCUCUGACUCCUUCCAGCGACGAGGGCACUUCCUCCCACCGCCUGCAGGAGAAUUCUCCUCCCCCUCCUCCUCGCCCUCCCUGCCUGCCAAGGAUCCUUUAGCCGACCCCUUCGCCCCCUCCUCCCCUCCUCGUCACAACGUACGGGAAGCUGACCGAUUUGCCAGCUUUGACAAAUAUCCGACAGAGGAAGACAUGAUAGAGUGGGCAAAGCGCGAGAGCGAACGAGAGGAAAAGGAGCGACUUGCAAGGCUCACCCAGCAGGAACAAGAGGACCUGGAGCUGGCCAUCGCACUCAGCAAGUCUGAACUCUCCUGAGGAGCUGGUCAGACCCAUCCUCCCCUCCCCUACCCUCCUCCACUGGCCCGGCACAGCACAGCACAGCACAGCCUGGCCCAGCCCGGAAAAGCACCAAAGCAAAGUGGGGACUGUACAGGACUGAUUCAGCAACACCUGCUGACCCCAUGAAGAGACCUUCGUAGAAUGAAUCCCUCUCUGAAUUCUUCUGCACCCAACUCCCUCCCUCCCUUACUCCCCCCUGAGACUGUUCACUGUGCACCGGCCUUGCAGUGUCGUGUUGUUCCAUCCUGUUGGUCUCUGUGGUUUUUCGUGUGGAGGAGCGGACCAAGAAAAGGAGCGCACGGAUGGUUUUAAAUGAAAUGCAGUGAACAAGGAUGUCGAGGUUGUGGAAGUGUUGAGAGCAUCGUGCUCUGUUGACUCAAACACCAGGCUACAAAUGCCACAUUGACUCCCCAGAAUGUAAUUUAUUUAAAACUAGACUGAAAUGACCUUUAUCAUGAGUCGUCUUUAUCCACUAAGUAAAAAAAACGUUACUAGUCAUUAUUAAACCACAGCUCUUAUAUCUUAUGAACUCGUGCUGUAACGAAACCUCAGCAUGUAUCUUUAAUAUCUUAUGAAGAGGGCGACGUUGGCAGAGGGCCUGUGAGAUUUUUUUUUCUCACUUCUCACCAUUUAACAUUUCUACAUGUUUAACUGGAAGUUACUUGUCCUCAGAUAUGUGAAAUACAAAAUUAUACUAAAAAGGAACAAAUCACAUCACAGCUGCCACAUUUAGCUACUUUAUAAUUUCUUUAAAAUGUAAGUGUGCAAAGCUUUGCAUCUGUGCUGUCUAUUUUUUGGGAGAAACUGAAAGGAGUGAAGCCCCAUCCAUUACAUGUAAAAACUAAAUAUUCAUUAGCAUUCAUUUUCAAGGCACACUACAACAAUGCAAUGCGCCUUUUUUUUUUUUUUUACCUUCAGCUUUAUUUAAUCACCUGAAUAAUUUUUUUCUGUUUAUUUAGUGUCUGAAGUGUUUUACAAAAAGUUGCUUGAGAUUUGCUGAAAUGUGGCUGCGAAAGCGCCGAGUUCGGACAUGAAGAAAAGUAGAUGAGCUUGGAAAUGUAAUCUGGGCUUUCAUCGAUGAAUGUAUUUGUGUUUGAGCAGAUGGUAAACCCCACGUAACCUUCGCCCUUUACUCACAUGUUAAAUGAAGAGUGUUAAUCCGGACAUGAUCCGCACAGAGAACCUGGUUCUCUGGUUUGUCUCCUCUGUCUUCCUCACUGAAGUCGCAUCUGCAUGGAUGCUGGUCGGGCAACUCCUUUUUAAAAAAAUAAUUUAUGAAGACGUGUGUCAAAAACGUCAUACCAGUGCUGGUGCUUCUUUUGUUAUAGCCUGGACUUGUUUUAGUUUUCCUCUCUGACGAGCUAACCGGGUUCAAAGUGUUACACACAGUCAGUAAGAGUCGGUUGAUUAGUGCGAGUGGUUUUCUGUGAACCUCUUCUGUGUGUGCGCUGCAGCCUCUGUGUGUUUGACUUGCAAAAAGGUCGCUGGGAAUAAAAGCUCACGUUGCACUGCCUCCCUCAUAGCAGGGGGCCGGCAAGUGAUGCUUCUCCUUGUGUGGGGUAAUUUUGUCGUUUCUCCCGGAAAAUGAACCAAGAUAUUUAAAAAACACUUGAACGCUAAACUGUGACAGAAGUUUUCUGACAAGGGAAAGCUUGACCGAGCUGAGGUUUUCAUUUUUCCAUUUUCUCUGCUAAUAUCUGACCAAACGGUGCACGACACUUUGGACGCAUCUCUUGCUAUUCUGAACUUCUUUUUUCAUGUUUUCAUUUAGUGAGCAGUGUCCUCUUCUCGUGUCUGGUUGAUGCAGCACUUUGUGAGGAGUGCUGUAUCUCAUAUAUUGCAGUCCACAUUUACACCAGAGAACCAGAGUACGCCCGUCUUCACUGCUUCGCCGCUUGUCUCUUGCAUUUGAAGGCCUCCAGACACAUCAAUGUCAUUUGUACAGACUCCUUGAAUUUUACAAAUUAAGAACCACUUAUGUUUUCUAGGCGUACUCAUAAAGGCUUUUUAAAACUCAAGCUAAUUGUAUUUUAUUUUGUAUUUUCUAACGUGUAAUAAAAAUCAUUAUUGGGAGUUUUGGCCAGAAUAUAUAAUGCAUUUAAUUGAAAAAGAAUAAAUAUUAAACAUGUA